AGUCGGAGGCGGCCGGCUGGGCGUGCGCUCGCUGCCCGCAGCCGGGGCUGGGCCGGAGGCGUGCGAGGGCUGGGACCCGGGCCGGGCUGCACCUAGCGGGCAAGGAGCAGCGGCCGGAGUCGGGGAGCCAGGCCGCGCCGAGCAGGGCACCGCGGGCGCGCGGUCUGCGGGCUCCGGAGCCCCGAUGUGAGGCGGCGGCGCCCCCGGCCGGAGCGCGCAGCAUGGGGGCCCCGCUCGCCGUGGCGCUGGGCGCCCUCCACUACCUGGCACUUUUCCUGCAACUCGGCGACGCCACGCGGCCCGCCGGCCACGCGCCCUGGGACAACCACGUCUCCGGCCACGCCCUAUUCACAGAGACGCCGCACGACAUGACGGCGCGGACGGGCGAGGACGUGGAGAUGGCCUGCUCCUUCCGCGGCAGCGGCUCCCCGUCCUACUCGCUGGAGAUCCAGUGGUGGUACGUGCGGAGCCACCGGGACUGGACCGACAAGCAAGCGUGGGCCUCCAACCAGCUGAAAGCAUCUCAGCAGGAAGACGCAGGGAAGGAGGCCACCAAAAUAAGUGUGGUCAAGGUGGUGGGUAGCAACAUCUCCCACAAGCUCAGGCUGUCGCGGGUGAAGCCCACAGACGAAGGCACCUAUGAAUGUCGUGUCAUUGACUUCAGCGACGGCAAGGCCCGGCACCACAAGGUCAAGGCGUACCUGAGGGUCCAGCCGGGCGAGAACUCCGUCCUGCACCUGCCCGAGGCGCCUCCAGCCGCGCCCGCCCCGCCGCCACCCAAGCCGGGCAAGGAGCUGCGCAAGCGCUCGGUGGACCAGGAGGCCUGCAGCCUGUAGCCGCGCUGCCGGAGCUCAGAGCCCCCCGGGGACGGACUGCCUGCGGCUGCCGCCGCCUCCUCCAGGCUACCAGUGGCUGCCGUCACACCGGCCCUCGGCCUACCACCCCCGCUCAGCAUGCAAGCCCACCGCCCGUCCCCCCUUCAGCCCCUCUCGGUGACCCGGCUCGGAGAAGGUGGCCCUGGGCUCCAAGGGACAACUGCCCUGCCCCAUGCUGGGGAGGGACCAUGCCGGGGCCUGGCUGCCCCGUUUCUGCCACCAGCUUCAGUGGAGUCCCGUGUUUUGUUUUGCUUGCUUGCCCCCACCCUGUCCUGAGCCGGGCGGGCCUCCCAGACUCCCCACAUCCCCACUUGGACCCGGGGCUGCCAACAGUGAUCCCUUCCUGGCUCUGGACUUGAACCCUCUGAGCAAAACUAGAGCUUCACAGCCUCCACCGGAAGAACUAGGGUGCAGAGCCCCCAGGAAGGCCUUUACCCAGACCCUGGGAGGAGAGCGAGGUGCUGUGUGGCCCCUGGCAGGCCCUUCCUGUCCAGCCUCUAUACCUAAGCCGUGGGUCUGACCUCCAGGGAGGUGGGCACCACCAGUCCACAGCAGGUCAGAGGGAGGCCUUCCCCUCGGCCCCAGCCCCUGCAGAGCCGUGCACCAGCAGGACCCCUUCCAGGGUCUUUGGGGCUCGCCCAGGGGCUCCCUCUGCCAGCCUCAAUGUCACAGUCCCCUCUUGGGCUGCCAAGUCCACCCAAGAACCAGGGCCGUUGGGAUCCAAGGGCCCCUCUACCAAUCCCUCACCACCCCUGAUCAGGGGCACCCCCACCCCUGGCAACGUGUAAAUAUUUCUAUUCGGCCCCUCCCCACCCCCAGAGCUGGAUCGAACCUCUGGCCUGCCCAUGAGCAACAGACCCAGUUGCUGGGAGAGGCGAGGGCUUUGCCUGGGGGUGAGUGGGUAGCCCUGUAUCAUAAUCCGAUCUGUGACUACCAGCCAACCUGAAUAAAGCGGUUUAAAACA